AUGGGCGAACCACCUGUCGCGCGGCCGGCCCGCUUUUUCGCCUCAUUCCAAUUAUUGGUUAAAGUGUGCGGGCUCGACCUGGGAAAUUCGAUUCUAGACUGGAAAUCGGCGAAAGAGCGAGGGACAAAAUGCCAAGCCAUAUUUUUCUCGAUCACUACGGCCACUAUUGUAGUGAUUCUAAUUAUGGAAGUGAUCUCAAUUAUCCAGCAGGAGAGUAAGACUUUCACGUUGCCCUGGUUUCUUCUGAAUGUGAAGCUCGGCUUGGCGAUUCACGGAGCGGCUUCAGCUAUUUAUAUGGCUAUAAUAACGUGUCAAGGAGCUUUUGUGCAGCUUGAACAGCGAUACGCUGCUCUACCUACCCCCGCCCCUCCAAACACCCAAAAAAAGGCGAUCGGCCUAGCCUUUAUGUUCAUCUUCACAAUUUGUCUUAUGCUUGUGAUCGUCGCCCUGGCGGCAGAUGACACCUCCAAAUGGGUCAAAGCUGGCUCGCCCGUCUCUUUCGACAACCUUUGGGGCGCCGAUCCCUUCGUCCGGAUUAUAUCUGGAAUCUUCUCCACACUUUCCACAAUAAUUUUCAUGCUUGCCUUUGGUGCCACAGCGGGUCAGCUUCGGUUCUUUAAUAAAGAACUGAGGGGUGUGCUUGAUGAGGAUUGUAACUAUGAUCGGAUAGUGUUGAUGUCAGAAAAGCAGCGUGAAUUGCUGUCUCUGUCGCGUUUUGUUUAUCGUACUUUUGGAAGACUAGCGAAUGUGGCAGCAUUGGGAGCUUUUAUAGCUCAUGUAGAUGCAAUGGCAAUAAACGUCGGUUUCCGCUCCUUUCUGACCCGGGGCGAGAUUGCCGAGAUGAUUGGCCUCCUAAUUAUGACGGGUGUUUUGCUGGGAAUAUUGCUACAGACCCCCGCCACCGUCAACGAAUUAAUCCAGGAAAGUGCCGAUCAUGUCCUCCAUUCGGCAAUCUGGCUCAACAAAGACGCUAGGCUCUUUCCUAUCGCCACCAAUAUGAUAGAACGAGCACGAGCUCCGGAACAUAAAAUGCAAUGCCUUCGCUUCCUGCGGUUAAAUACGGAAACGGCACAUGCUGUAAUGUUCAGCCUACUGUUCUUUGGCAACAUCUUGGCAAUCCUAGCCGCCCUGUUCGCAAAG